AUGCCUUUAAAGUUGACCACUCAAGCGUAUAGCAAGAUGCUACUGCACGCCGCUAAAUAUCCACAAUGCGCCGUUAACGGGCUGCUGGUGGCCGAGAAGCACAAGAGGAAGGACGGUGCGAGAGACGCGGCGCUCUGCGUUGACUGCGUGCCGCUUUUUCACGGGCCCCUGGCGCUCGCGCCCAUGUUGGAGGUGGCACUCACACUGAUUGACACAUGGUGCAAAGAGAACAAAUAUGUCAUUGCUGGUUAUUAUCAAGCAAAUGAACGUAUUAAGGAAGCCAGACCGAAUCAGGUAGCUGAGAGGGUCGCCUCCAGAAUCUCUGAAAACUUCAGUGAGGCCACAAUGAUCAUGCUGGACAACAGCAGGUUUACUAUGGAUUGUUUUGUGCCUGUCCUCCUCAUCUAUGAUCAUCAAGACAGCAAGUGGAAGUGCAGAGAGCAGAGCACUGACUGCUUUGAGGAUUGGCUAGAGGCACAGAAAAUCACCUCAGCUCUCUUAGAGAGCAGGUCGUACGAAAAUCUUGUAGACUUUGACAACCACCUGGAUGACUUGAGAAACGACUGGACCAACCCAGAAAUCAACAAAUCUGUGCUACAUCUAUGCUGAAGCUGCACAGAAGUCCACAUCACCCAACAAACCCAUCAACAUUUCAGGAGGAUGCAUGUGUGAACCGAUACAGUACUGUUAAUAAUGUUCUCUUUCACUUGGGAAUAAUAGACUGAACGGACCAGGACGCUGUGUCCUCAAGUUUGACAUCACCGACAUCACCCUAUACCAGGGGUAAAGAAUCUUGGUCUUGGAGGGCCAUAGUCCUGUAGAGGUUGGCGCCACCCUGCUCUAACACACCUGGCUUGACCUUGAUCCUGAAGACCUCGAUUAGAUAGUUCAGCUGUGUUUGAUUUGGGUGGGAUCUGAACUCUUCAGGACAGUGGCCCUCCAGGACCAGGAUUGGCCACCCCUGCCUUGUACUAUAGGAAUCUAAUGUCAGAAAGGUUUUAUACCUGUUUUCAUGCUGUAGUUUGUAUAAUAUUCAUGUACAAAUUUGAAUGCUACAAGUUAUUUAUUUAAUUAAUAACUGGAUAAAACACAUUUUAAAGUAUUUCAAAACAUAAUGGUGUUUUGGAAGAGUGUAGUUUGAAUUUAAGGUAAUCGUCAGUUCCUCAGUUUUCUUAAAUACGUAAAUGCUAACAUGACAGCAAUUUCUCUAUUUGAUUCUUCUGUAUCUCGAAGUUAAAAAAAAUGUUAAUGGUGUGAAUGAGGGCUCAAAUUAAUAUCAAAAUAUUUUUAGCCGAGAAAAUGUUAAGAAAUAAAAUGUAGAUUUGUUGAUUAAAAUCAUGAAUUGA